UACCACCAGGAAGCGAGAGUUUGCCAUCUACAGGCUAGCAGCUACCUUACGCGAUGAGGGCACAGGCAGACCUAAUAACAUAACACAAAUUGUUCUUAUUUGAUAACAAACGACGAAAUCAAGGAGCCGAAACACUAAAGUAACGGAUUAGUAUAGCUGUGACUCACUUCGUAUCCUGUUAACACUGCUAUUUAACUAUCUGUUCAGCCAUCUGGCAGACCGUCGCUCGCUAACAUUAGCUGCUGCUCAUCGUUAGCAAGCUGGUUUCUGCCUGGUGAUGGCUGUGGGACAGAGAGUCUGGGUGUUAGCUGGAUGUUUACUUUUAUUACUGCUGACUGGAUGUAAAGCAAGGAUACACAAGCUUACCCUGAAGAACGAAACACGAUCCUCCGUUGACCUCAACAAUUUUGGCUUCUUUGCCAAUGGGACUCUUGAUGUCAAACUGCAUUCUCUGAGUAUCUCAGAAAAACUGGUGAACUACAGCCUGAACCCUGUCGGUUUCAGCCUCUCCAGGUCUCGUGUGAAUGGAGUCUUGUCCUACACAGCAGAGGAGCCAGAGAUAUGCCCGCUCAUCCUCACCAAUGUGGCAAACAAAGAGCCUGUCAUUCUUUUUCUUAUCGAUAUCAACACUCUGAGUGUCAAUGUAAAAGCUACGGGUGAUCAAGACAACCUGUUGAUCGCAAAGCCAAAGGCUGAAGCCCCUAAAGGUCAGAGGAAAGCCAGGCAAGCCGUUACUAAUCCUCCACUAGACGUGGCUCCAAAAACGGACAAGGUGGACAAUGUUGCAGUCAAACCAAGCGAUAUCCCAGUUGAGAACCAACAAGCUGAUCAAAAGAAUAAAGAUGAGCCAGAUGGGAAGAUAACGCUUGCAUCUGAAGACAAGAAAGCAGAAGAAAAGGAAUUUCUGCUGGGGAAGACCAAACAGCUGACUUUGGCUUUGGACAAAGUUGACGACUCUUACAACUUCAGUUUCCACCUUAUUGUCGGGGAGCUGGCAGAGGGUCUCUACAGCCUCAAGUUUCACUACUGUAAGAACAGGAUGCCUGGACCAAAGUAUCCCUACUCGUUCACUGUGGAAGUGACAGAGACGAAUCCAGGCGGCUACCUGUCUGCAGCAGAAAUUCCUCUUUCCCGUCUUUACAUCGGCAUGGCUGGAGUCUUCUUCACUGCUGCCUUAGUCUGGGUGUACACACUCAUGAAGCACAGGUACAGUGUGUUUAAGAUCCACUGGCUGAUGGCAGCGCUGGCCUUCACCAAGUCCAUAUCACUGGUUUUCCACAGUAUCAACUAUCACUUCAUCAACACUGAGGGGCAUCCUAUUGAAGGCUGGGCCGUCAUGUAUUACAUCACUCAUCUGCUUAAAGGGGCUCUCCUCUUCAUCACACUGGCACUGAUCGGCACCGGCUGGGCUUUUGUUAAAUACAUUCUGUCUGACAAGGAGAAGAAGAUCUUCAUGAUCGUCAUCCCUUUGCAGGUCCUGGCUAAUGUGGCCUACAUCAUCAUUGAGUCCACAGAGGAAGGCUCCAGUGAAUACUAUCUGUGGAAGGAGAUCCUCUUCCUGGUCGACCUUAUCUGCUGUGGAGCCAUCCUCUUCCCUGUUGUCUGGUCCAUCCGUCACCUACAAGAGGCGUCUAGCACUGAUGGCAAAGCUGCCAUGAAUCUGGAGAAACUGAAGCUCUUCCGGCAUUAUUAUGUGAUGAUUGUGUGUUACAUCUACUUCACAAGGAUCAUAGCCAUUCUGCUCAAGGUCACCAUGCCCUUCCAGUGGCAGUGGUGCUACGAGUUUCUGGUGGAGGUGUCUACUCUGAUCUUUUUCGUGUUGACGGGCUACAAGUUCCGACCAGCGUCCAACAACCCCUACCUCCAGCUCCCCCAGGACGAGGAGGACGUGGAGAUGGAUGAAGUAGUGACUGAGUCAGGUGCACUAGAGGGGAUUUCCAAAGUCAAGAAAACAUCUAAUGGACGCGAUCGCCAGAAAGAGUCCACCUUGUGAGAGGGAAGCUGCAUCUUUAGUUUUGAAGGAGGGGGGGGGGGACCCAGUAAAACAUCCCCAGGGAUACACAUGGACCAAGGUUUCCCAACAGCCCCCCCACCCCCCCUCCCCCCCCAACAGUGACGGCUUUCCCUCUUUAACUCUUGAAGUGGUUGCAGCCCACUGCCUGGCUAUGCAAAAAAAAAAGACUCACUUUGUUUCCUUGAACACUCCACUCAGAAACUCUGAAAGCUUGUGCUCCUGCCACAUGGACCGGUGGACAUACGGAAAGGAGCUCUGAUGCUCUUUAGUUUGCCUCUCUCUCUCUCUCUCUCUCUCUCUCUCACUCUCUCGCUCUCUCUCUCACUCUCUCUCUCUCUCUCUCUCUCUCUCCAAAGAUAAUUAUCAUUUGAGUGGAAGCCUUGCUUUCCAUUGUGUUUAUAUCGGCUAUUUAAAAAAAAAAAAGGUACUUCUGCGAGCCUCUUCGCUGUACCUUUCCAUGGGCGCCAUAGUACAGGUUUGUGUGCGUGAAUGUGGGAUAACAAGAUUUGUUUUCACUUCCCUUUAGAGACAAUGGCCCACACUCAGGUAAAACUGUAAUCAAUAUAUAUUUCAAAUUUCAAUUAUCUACAUUUUUGGCCCUCCAACUUGUUCAGGGGUCAGUAACGUCCCGUUGGUGAUUAUUCACCUUCAUUCCCAAACAGUCCAGUUGUUGUUUUUCUUCAAAUUUUUAUAUUGAAAUAUAUGGAUGUAAGAUGUGCUAUAUUUCAAUAUAUUUACUUUUUAUAUAUUGAAAUGUUAUAUUCAAGUAUUAUGGUUUCUGUUGGAGAGCUCCUUGCAGCUGUAAUUUAGUGCUUUAGUGGUUGAGGUCAAUCGACAAACCGUUUUUUGGACGAGUCCCCAGAUCAUUGGCCCAAAUUGUGUUCAAACAUGGCCUUUAUUUCCUGUUUUUGUUCUUUUGGCCAUACUGUGUUGGUGUGAAGAGAAGUGACCUAAUCCAUCAUUUUUUAAAUUGAUCUGCUUUUGGUUUUACCUUCCUUGCUCUUGAUGUGAAGCUUAUUUUAUUAAUUAUUGAAGACGUGCGGUGAAAGAUCAGAUUCGUGUGCUGCAGCCGGGCGGGGUAGACGGCCAUUUGUAAAUAAUUUAAAGAGGAAGACCGUUGAUACAAAAAGAGGCACACAACACUUUGAUAAGAAAUGCUUAGAGGCUUUAUAGACGGUUAUAAGACACAGAAUCAGUUUCAAUAAGAAUAUUUUGAUUCCUUUAACAGAUUGGGGGGAGGAUAAAAUAUGAGGAAUAAGGAACGACUACUAAGAUUGGAAAAGCAGACACUGCUGUCCUGGUCUCCAGGCUCUAAGAGGACAGCAGUAAACAGAUGAGCAGAGUCGUUUUGUGCUUGUUACAGAGGGAAAUUUGAUAUCUGUGUGAACUGUUACAAUAAAGCUGGUGUUCUAGAAAGGA